AUGUUCACUGUAUUAAAGAUACAAUGUAUACCAAAGAUGAUGAAAGAAAAUUUGGUAUUAGGUGGACCAACAUCAUUUGUAAAUCUGGCAAUGUCCAAAUUACAAGCCCUCUGCUACCCCAUGGAGCCCAUGGUCCAUGCAAAAAGAUCCAACACACUAUGCUACCCUGGCUUAGGAGCUAUAUCAGAUGCCCUGGUAGGACAAAUUAGAUGGGACAACCCCAUGGUAAUUGAGGAACUCAAUAUUCUCUUUGGCUCUGAUGACAAAAAGGCUCAGGACUUCAUUAAUAACUGGCAUCUAAAGACCAUGCAAAUUGCUCUGAAUGCCAUUGUCAAGACUUACCAAAUUGAAAAGAAAGCUUUUGGUAAUAAAUUCUACUGGCAUUGUGUGCACAACAACAUUGACCCAGUGUCAGUUUGGUCUUCUUCUCCUCCUGAGAACUUGAUGGAAGAAGAGGAUCAUAAUGAUCACUAUUAG